UGUAGGUCACAGUGUGAAGAACGGGUCAGCUUUAGAACUAGCUUCAACAGUUUGUUUUUAAUGAAUCGCUUUAUCAGAAGGUUGUCAACGUGUAGAACAAUCAUGUACCGUUUGGAGUCUGAUAGUUUUGGAGAGAUUGAAGUUCCUACCGACAAGUAUUAUGGCAGUAGUACAGCAAGAUCUAUCAUCAACUUCAACAUUGGAGGACCAACAGAAAGAAUGCCUAUUCCAAUCAUACGAGCAUUUGGCAUUCUGAAAGGUUGUGCCGCUAAAGUGAAUGUUGGUUAUGGACUGGACCCAAAACUAUCUCAAGCCAUAAUACAAGCUGCUGAAGAGGUGGCUUCUGGGAAGCUGGACGAUCACUUCCCACUGGUUGUGUGGCAGACGGGGUCUGGAACCCAGACUAACAUGAAUGUAAAUGAAGUGAUCAGUAACCGAGCCAUUGAAAUGCUUGGUGGCAAGCUGGGCAGCAAGAAGCCGGUGCACCCUAACGAUCACGUCAACAUGAGUCAGAGUUCUAAUGAUACAUUCCCCACAGCUAUGCACAUUGCUGUUGGCUUGGCGAUCAACAAGAGUCUGAUUUCCUCCCUAGAAACUCUAAGAGAUGCCCUUAAUUCCAAAGCUGAAGAAUUUAAAGAUAUUAUUAAGAUUGGACGCACACACACACAGGAUGCUGUACCUUUAACCUUGGGUCAAGAGUUUGGAGGAUAUGUUCAACAGAUGGAUUAUGGGAUAGAGAGAGUUAAAUCUUCACUGCCACGAUUGUAUGAACUUGCUGCUGGUGGAACUGCAGUAGGAACAGGUUUGAAUACAAAAAUUGGAUUUGCAGAAAAAAUAUCAGAAGAAAUAGCAAAGUACACAGGUUUGCCAUUUGUUUCUGCGAAAAACAAGUUUGAAGCAUUGGCUGCUCAUGAUACGAUGGUGGAGGUCCAUGGAAACCUCAAUGUGUUGGCAUGUAGUCUGAUGAAAAUAGCCAAUGACAUCCGCUUUCUGGGGUCCGGGCCUCGCUGUGGCUUCGGAGAACUCUCCCUGCCUGAAAAUGAACCUGGGAGUAGCAUAAUGCCAGGGAAGGUGAAUCCAACUCAGUGCGAGGCUAUUACAAUGGUAGCUGCACAGGUGAUGGGCAAUCAGACGGCAGUUACCAUUGGAGGCAGCAACGGUCAUUUUGAACUGAAUGUCUUUAAACCGUUAAUUGUACGAAAUGUUCUGCAGUCGACACGUCUCCUUGCUGACUCGUGCGUCUCAUUUGCCAAGAAUUGUGUGGUUGGCAUAGAAGCCAACAGAGAGAACAUCAACAAUUUGCUGAACCAAUCCCUGAUGUUGGUAACUGCGUUAAAUCCCUACAUUGGCUACGACAAUUCUGCCAUGGUUGCCAAGCUGGCCCACAAGGAGGGGAUAACUCUGAAGCAAGCAGCUCUCAAAUUGGGAGUUCUUUCUGAAGAAGAGUUUGAUAAGUACCUCAAGCCAGAAACAAUGCUGGGACCCAAGUGAAGUGGAUUAUUUUCUAUAUUAUCCACAUGGUUCAAAGCGGCCGGUGAAGAACAUUUCUGCAGAUUGUAUGGAUACAGAUUUCAUGUGCAUUCACUUAAUACAUCUGUAGCCUGUAUGUAAACUGCAUGGUCAACAAGAUCUUAGCUAAAAUUAGCUCUACUGGGUCUACCAGUAGAUCUAACAGUAUUGCGUGGACUCCCAUGUCCAGGUGACUUCCAUCUAUAAAUAACAAUUUAAAUAUCAACCAAUUACACUUUGCUUUUUAUAGCG